AUGGAAGGCGAACAAAAGUUCGAGGGCGCAGAAGGCGACCGCCAAUUUGAGAGAGCAUACAACGAUGACAUCAAGCUAUAUGCAACUUUCGAGGAUCACGAUCGAUUCAUCACCCUAAGAGACCAAUUACUCGCUGUAGAUCUAUACGCCGAGCCCAGCGGGGACGCUGACAGGCUUGAAUGGCUCUUACACAGGAAUAUCACUUUGAUCUUCGACCAGUACCAGGAACAAGCAUACCUGCUGGAUCCAUAUCUGGAACAGCUCUUCGCACCAGUAGUCGAGACGCUCAAGACUCACGCGAAGAAGUUCGUGAGCAGCAGCUCCGUCACCGUCUCGAAAUGGCGGUUACACCGGCUUUCGCUGCUGGUGUACCACUUUAUAAAGUUUCGAGGCUAUAAGACCAUGACGAGGUUCUUCCCUCACGAGAUCGCGGACCUGUCUGUCGUCCUGGACUACAUCAGCGCGACCAACAGCCCUGUUCAGGAGAUGCAACAGUGGCCGCUGCGCUACGCCAUGCUCUUAUGGCUUUCCCUCAUCUGUAUGAUCCCUUUCGAUCUGGAGCAGUUCGACGAGGUCGGACAUUCGGGCGAGACCGCCUCCAGGAUCGAGGCUGUGGCCAAAUCGUUCUUGGGUCGGGCAGGCGUUGAUCGCGAGGGUGCAGCUUUGCUACUCUCACGGCUGUACAUGAGGAAAGAUAUGGCCUCGAAACUUCCGGUGUUUCUAUCGUAUGCCACGUCUCAACUCGAAGGGCUAUCGGACGCCUUCAUGGGCUUGGGUAUCAUGCGUGUCAUCUGCGAAGUGAUGAAGCUAGGGGCUGCCGAAGAGGUGCAGGCGCAGAAAGAGUCUCUACUUCAAGUCACACAAACUUUAGCGGGUAACCGGACGCUCGUGGCCAACACGGCGAUUCGGAAAUUGCGCACCAAAGCCAUCGCGAGAAUUGUGAUUCGGCUCCUCCCCGCCAAGAUACGGAGGCUUCAUGCGAAAGGUCGUGCUUUGGGAUCGGAAGGGAACGUUGGGGCCGAAGCCGUCAUCGACGAAGACUUCGACGUUCCCGAAGAGACCGAAACCGUUUUGGAAGACCUAUUCAAAGCUCUUCGUGAUACGGACACCAUCGUGCGGUACUCGGCAGCUAAAGGAAUAGCAAGGAUCUGCGAACGGUUGCCUGAAGACUUCGCGGAGCAGGUUCUAGACCAGGUCAUUCAUUUGUUCUCUAUUCACUCCGCCGCAGUGGCCAGCAUCUACGACAUGCCGAGCAUCGCGGAAAGCACAUGGCACGGCGCGUGUCUUGCGUGUGCCGAGAUGGCGAGACGUGCUUUGGUGCCAGAUGAACGUCUCCCAGAGCUCAUCGGAUGGCUCACCAAGGCACUGUACUUCGACAUCCGAAAGGGCGCGCAUUCAAUCGGCUCCAACGUGCGCGAUGCGGCUUCCUACGUGUUAUGGUCACUGUCCCGUGCACAGAGCGUGGAAGCGCUGGAACCGCAUGCUCUCAACCUCGCUCGGCAUCUCGUUGUUGCCGCGCUCUUCGACCGUGAGAUCCACAUACGCCGUGCAGCUAGCGCUGCGUUCCAGGAAUACGUCGGGCGAACGAGCUUGUUCCCGCACGGUAUCGAUGUGUUGAGGAAAACGGACUUCUAUGCUAUCGGUGUCCGCCGAAAUGCAUUCCUCGUAGCUGCGCCUGAGGUUGCGGAACACGAAGAGUACCGGCCGUUCUUGAUCGACCACCUUCUAUCCGUGACUCUGCGCCAUUGGGACCCUGCUAUGCGCCAGCUCGGCGCACAAUCCCUCCGGACUGUGUGCGACCUGGAUCUUCCUCUUCUAGGUCCAGAAGUUGCUGCGCGUGUGGCAAGGCUCCUUGAAGUGCCGGAUACAGGCGAUGUACACGGAGCGCUCCUCGCUCUGACGGAGCUAGCAUCAUCCAUGCGCGACUCGUCGCAUCCUCAACUGGAGCCAGAGCGACGCAAGGUCUUCGCAUACCUCUCCACGGUGCCGCUCGCCACGAUCCAGUCGCCGCGCCAGGAAGACAUCACCGAAGCCGCCUGUCGAUUCAUCGCCGCGGGCAUCUCGUAUCCCGAGACACAGCACGCCCAAAGCAGCGUCCCCCACUGGCGCCGCGUUGUGGACUCCGGCCUCCGGAGCAAGAGCGCGGCCGUACAGGAGGCGGCUGCGGCGGCCCUUGCUGCGGUCAGCCGGCUGGUCGACUGCUCCGCCGUAGUCGACCGCCUUAUCGGGGAGUUCGCCGCAGGCAGCGCGCCGAUGCAGCAGAGCUUGGCGCGGGUUUUGGGCGUGCUGGACUACGCGUCGCAUCCGCAUGGGAUCGAAUCCGCGGUGCGGUGCUUGUUGGGGAUGGUCGAUCGCACGAAUGGAAGCGAGAAUGUCGAGGCUCGGCGGAACGCCUUUGUGUCUAUGCCGCAGAUCCUCAAGAAUGUCUCGGGCAGCUUGGUCAAGCAUUUAUCCGCCGAGAUCGUCUGCGAGAUGACGGACGCCCUCCUGGACGGCUUGACGGACUAUACGAGCGACGAACGUGGCGACGUCGGGUCAUGGGUGCGCAUGGCUUGCGUGAACGGUCUCACAUCUGUUGUGGAGACACUGUUUACGAAUGCGUCCACCCUUGCCGAGUUCUCGAGUUACCUCCCGCCGGGUCGCUACCACGACGCAAUCGGCGGCAUACUCAAACAGGGGGUUGAGAGACUUGACAACGUCCGGCAGCAGGCAGGAGAGUGCGUCGUUACCUUGUUGCUGUUGCCGCCUCCUGCCGUGAAGCAAGCGCAGCAAUGGCAGAUACACGGCGAUGCGAAGAUGAAAGAGAAGUUCCUCAGCAACGAAGAGUCGGUCGGCUGGAACGACGGAAGUUGGCUUUUCCCUCGUGUGGUGGAACUCCUGGAGAUCGAGCAGUAUCGUGGCCAGUUGCUUGCAGGUCUAAUUCUCAGUACGAGCACGAAGACGGACAGUACUCAACGGCCAGUUGCAUCCGCACUUGUCACCUACGCUUUGCAACUGCCUAUCGCGACGGAGGCACCCGACCACUAUGACCAACGCAGCCUCGCUCGCGAUCUUCUUGCACAGGCACAGAAGAAAGUCACUUCAAACAUCGUCGUCAUUCCGGUGCUGCAAACGUUCAACGUCCUCCUUGAGGCCGACGUCUUCGAAAACGUGCCACAAGAUCCGGAGGGCUUGCAGACCCUGCGAACCCUUCUUGCUCUCGUGUCGAGAAAUGCGGGGCGCGUGAAGAAUCCGCAGCGAAUAAACGUGUCUAUGAGAUGUCUCGUCAAUCUCAUCCCUCUAGCGGAGUUGCAGAGCGACUGCAUCGCCCAGCUAUAUCAAUUUCUUGCACAUCAAUACCCGCGGGUCCGCGCAGACACGGCGGAGUAUCUAUACCUCGUUCUUUCUAGCAAGAACACUGGUAUGGAGACGGACGAUGUGGAAGAGAUUUUGCUUGAGACGGAAUGGUCUUUGAAAGAUAAGGAUACGGUAGAUGACGCUGCGAAGCGCUGCAUCGAGCUAUUGACAAAGGCCCAUUUAGCAUAGUAGAUCGUCCCACUUGUACAAUAGAUAUCUACGGACACAUACC